ACUGCGCGGCCAGGCGGGGCGGGGCUCGAGGCUCGGGUGCCGCCUCCUCUGCAACGCCGGGGCCAGAGUCUUAAAACCGAGGGCCCGCAGGGGUCCCCGCGGCCGCCGCGAUGCAGAAAUACGAGAAACUGGAAAAGAUUGGGGAAGGCACCUACGGAACAGUGUUCAAGGCCAAAAACCGGGAGACUCAUGAGAUCGUGGCUCUGAAACGGGUGAGGCUGGAUGACGAUGAUGAGGGUGUGCCGAGUUCUGCCCUCCGGGAGAUCUGCCUACUUAAGGAGCUCAAGCACAAGAACAUCGUCAGGCUUCAUGAUGUCCUGCACAGUGACAAGAAGCUGACUUUGGUUUUUGAAUUCUGUGACCAGGACCUGAAGAAGUAUUUUGAUAGUUGCAAUGGUGACCUUGAUCCUGAGAUUGUAAAGUCAUUCCUCUUCCAGCUACUGAAAGGCCUGGGAUUCUGUCAUAGCCGCAAUGUGCUACACAGGGAUCUGAAGCCCCAGAACCUGCUAAUAAACAGGAAUGGGGAGCUGAAAUUGGCUGAUUUCGGCCUGGCUCGAGCCUUUGGGAUCCCUGUCCGCUGUUACUCAGCUGAGGUGGUCACACUGUGGUACCGCCCACCGGAUGUCCUCUUUGGGGCCAAGCUGUACUCCACGUCCAUCGACAUGUGGUCAGCCGGCUGCAUCUUUGCAGAGCUGGCCAAUGCUGGGCGGCCUCUUUUUCCCGGCAAUGAUGUUGAUGACCAGUUGAAGAGGAUCUUCCGGCUGCUGGGGACGCCCACCGAGGAGCAGUGGCCCUCUAUGACCAAGCUGCCAGACUAUAAGCCCUACCCGAUGUACCCGGCCACAACAUCCCUGGUGAACGUCGUGCCCAAACUCAAUGCCACGGGGAGGGACCUGCUGCAGAACCUCCUGAAGUGUAACCCUGUCCAGCGUAUCUCCGCAGAAGAGGCCCUGCAGCACCCCUACUUCUCCGACUUCUGCCCGCCCUAGGCCCCAGGAUCCCCGGCCUCCAGGCUGGGGCCUGGCCUAUUGAAGCCCCCUCUUGGGAGGGGCAAGAUGGUGGGGGUGCCCCUUGCACUGUGCUCCAGCUGUGCUGGGCCCAGCUGGGGUGGGGUGCCUGAGCCUAAGUUUCUCACUCCCUUUGUGGACUUUAUUUAAUUUCAUAAAUUGGCUCCUUUCCCACAGUC